AGUUUACACUUUUGUGCCUAUAAAAUGUUGUACACAACGCCAGAGGACCCUAAGUAUAACAACGAAAUUCGAACUGGAAUCAUCCAAAAUGUGGUCGAGGAAAAUUAGCAAAUUAAAUGUGUUUCUAUUAUUGAUGGUCCUAGUAAAUAUAUCCAGGGGAGAAACAACUGUGGAGACUUUAACAACUGCCGAAGUCCAGCCUCAAGAUAUUAAUGGAGAUGCAGUAAUUGGUGAAAAUUUAAAUUCGGUUAAAGAUAAUGAAGUUGAAGUUACAACAAUUGCAGAAGAUGAAGUUGGAGUGGUAACUGAUGCUUCAAACGAAUUGGAGAAUACAGCAGCAACAGAAUCUGAAACUAAUGCCGAAGAUGUUAACAAUACAGAGCCUCCAAAUAAUGCCGAUCCCAGUACAGAACCAACAAUCGAAACUACUACUGCCAAUCAAAUAGAAUGUAUUUGUGAUUGCACUGCCAAUGGUAAUCAAAUUACACUUGGUUGUAGCACACAAUCGCCAGAUGAAACUACAGAAACUGGAACUACAGAAAAUUCCUCAAACAGUGACACAACUUUACCAAAUGCCGAAACUACAAAGCCUGCUGGGGUAGCUGAAACUGCCACAGAUUCAAUUAAUAUAGAAACUACUAGCGAAGCUAAUGCAGAAGCGGACACCACUAUACAAUCUGCAGCCGAACCUGAAACUACUACUGCUGCCCCACCUCCAAUUUGUUCUGUGCCCGGUGUACAACCUCAUGAGUUAGAUUGUCAACAAUAUUAUGACUGUUCUUUGGAGGGAUCUCUGGAUGGUAGUUUUCAUUUGCUUACAAAAUCUUGCCCCAAAAAACAAGCCUUCAACAUCGAACUUAAUCGCUGUAGUCGUGAUAUUUCAUCUUGCCUCUCCUUGCCCAUUCAGUGUCUAGUUAAAGGUGGCGUAGCUGAUCCAGCCGGUAAUGCCUCCUAUUAUCUUUGUGAACCCCGCCUUGUAGGAGUUGGUUUUCGUAUUUUCCAUAUUGACUGUGCGUCGAAUGAAAUUUUCUAUCCUGAAUUGGGUAAAUGUUUUUUGGACUUUAAUAAUUUACCUACACAAAGCUUGCCGCCUUUUAGUUGGAAUCAAAUAAGAGAUAUUGAUAUUGUUAAGACAGAAUUGAAACUAUUGAGGGAACAGGAUAAAUUGAAAUUGAAACAGGAGAAAGAUCGCCAGAAAGCUGAAGAAAAGUUACAAAAAGAAUUGGAAAAGGAAGCAAAAAAGAAAGCCAAGGAGGAAGAGAAAGCCAACAAGGAGAAAGCCAAACAGCAGGCAGCCAGUAUUGCAUGUCUCCAGGAAGGUAAUUAUGCUUCCGAAAUCGGAGAGAAUAUUUACUAUUCCUGCAUUACCAAAAAAGGCAAGUUGAAGGCUAUCCCCAUGCAAUGUAGCUACGGUGCAACAUUUAAUGCUGAAAUGGGCGGCUGUAUCAAUAGUUUAACUGGAGUAAAUACUAGUGUUAGCGAUGAUGAUGAUGAUGACGAUUAAAUGUUAAAUUCUACUAAAAUAAUUAUUUUCCUAAAAAUAUUUUAAACUAACAAAUUAUGGUGUGUUCAAUUGUAUUUAAUAUUUAUUAGAAAUUCAUAUAAACAAUAAAGUUCUUAGAUCUAGAUAAUAA